AUGGACGAAGAGAUACGAGAAGCACAGAUCAGCCGAUUCAAGUUUUUCGAAGUGUUGCACCGGUAUCACCACUACUUGGAAACCAUUCCAACCUCAUACCUUGCGCCAUUCAGUCAAGCUUGGACAAAUAACAUCUUGCGGCUGGUUGGGCAAAGCUUGGGUGAUCUUCCAGAGCCGAGCGAUCUGAUGGAUGAGAUGUGGCAGGAGGUUCUGCAGGAGUACCAUGGUGCACUAAGAAAAGUGGUUGCCGAACAUGCGCUGAGUGAGCAGCUUCGGCAAAGGACGGGAGUGCUGUUUGUGCCCAAUCCAGUUCCCUUGUGGGGCACACGGCCCUUCAUCGGCAUUGAGGGUACAGCCGGUGGCCUGCCUAAGAACUGGGAAAGUAUAGCAAAGGCCAUCGCGGCAACAGAUCUUCUCCCUUGUAGCCCUGCAUCGCUCCGGCUCCUAGAUCUCUGGUUUUGCAAGUACCACCACCUGCGCUUGGUGGAUUUGCCCGAGCCUGGGAGCCUCUUGGACUUGCAGUCCUUUUGUCGAGCCCAGGCUCAGAAGAUGCAGCAUGUUCGAGAGCGUUUGGAAACAGAGUGGCUUCUGGAAGCAAUGGAGAUCUUGGAGCACAGCCAGGACACUUUCCCUUGCACCUUGCUGAGCAUCCAGUUGCGGAGCGUGGUGGAUCAGAGCAUCGAUGCUUUCGUGAGCUUCUUCGACCGUUUUGGCUGCCGAGAGAAUGAGGCUUUCCUUUGGGUCGGGCUCGAAGCCGAUGGCCCGGAGAUCAAGUUUACAACUUCCUUAGAGGAGGUAGAGAUUUGCCUGCUGCAAGUCUUCAAGAACUUUGUGGUGAGUCUGAACGACCUAAGGCUCCCGGCACGCUACAAUGAGCAGAACUCUGUACAGCUUUGGAACGUUUCGCUUGAAGAGACUUAUGUACAGCAGGCAGGGGAGAGGGUUGCACUGACGAUGCGGAAGAAUCUGGCGGCCCUCAUUGAGGCACUGGCACCUUUUGAUGCUUUUAAGCAUCUUCUGGUCGAGGACGCGAGAAUCAAGAAGCUCUCGGAGGACUCCUUGACGCAGGAGCACGUCAUGAACGAGGUAAAGACUCUACGAGCAACUCAGGCGACUAUCCGCGCACACAGCCUCGAGGAGAUUUAUUUGCCAAUGGUGUCAAUCCAUUGCUCUGAGAUCAACGAGACACUGUGUUGUAAAGCGGAGGACGCCAUACAUAUCCUCAUGGAGGCCGUUUUGCGAAACCUUUUGUCAAGGAACGAGCAACUUUGCAAAAGUUUCGAGAUGGUCGUGAACCAAAUGGUAAAAAAGCCGACAAGCGAGAUGGAGCUAGUGGACCUGGAGAUGUAUGUGGAAGAAUUUCGAGCUUCUGGACUCUUUGAGCUCUUGAAGGAGUUCGAUAGUAUCCGCGAGUGGCUGUCCUUCCUCUUCCGCUGCGAAAACGAGCUACUCCUCACUCUGCUGCAAGAGCGGCACUUCCAGGUCAUUUAUGACUCAGCCAUCUGGGUAAGUUCCAUCAACGAGAGAGUUUGCGAACGUGAGGUCAACUUGAAGCGCGAGCGCGAGGCUCUCGAAAGCAAAUUCAAGGAGCAGCGGAACAAAUUCUUGGAGGACCUGGAAGGAUACAAUGCGCAAGUGGAGCAGUUCAAGGACUGUGGAAAUCUGCGGCAGGUCGACGAAUAUCUAGAGCGAAUUCAAGCAUUAAAAACAAACUUCAGCAAGGCCCAUAUUGAGGCUGAAAAGCUGAAUGCGAAGGAGAGGCGUUUUGGCUGGGAAGUACGGAGUCCCUUCGAGCAGCUGAAGCGUGGCGAACAAGCCCUUGAGCCUUACCACUCGCUCUGGACUCUGGCGUACAACAUGGAUCGCAGUAUGAGAGCUUGGCUCAAAGGCCCCCUUUUCAGUUUGGAUCCUGCAAAGGUUGAAGUCGAAGUUCGGGGAAUGAGAAAGGAGGCCGCGCGAAUGCGAGAGGUGUUUCUUGCUGGCGGUGGCCGUGUCUACCCUGAUGAGAUGGCCUUAAACAUUCAGUUGAAGACAGCUGAUGACGAGGAUCACAACGACCAGGUGCUUCCUAUGCCGGUGCAGGUGGCUCAGCAGCUUAGUUCGCAAGCUGCUGUCAUGCACGACAGUCACCUUAAGCUGCUCUAUUCAUUGUGCAACCGGUGCCUGCAAGCUCGUCACUGGGAGCAGAUUUCCAACAUCAUCGGCUUUCCGCUGGAACCGGACAACAGCUUCACGCUGACCAAGGCUAUUGAAAUGGAGCUUGGCGACUACACGGAGGAGCUGCAAGAGUUGAGCGAUGGCGCAACCAAGGAGCAUGCGAUAGAGCUCGGAAUGGACACCAUGGAGGAAGAAUGGCGAGGUCUUCGGUUUGAUCUUGAGCCCAGCAAUGGAACCUUCGUUGUCUCGAAGAGAUGCUUGGAGGAGCUGCAAGCUGUGGUGAAAGAUCAUCAGUCGCGAACCGGAGAGAUGUUGAGAUCAUCGCAUGUUCAGGCUCUCUUGCCAAGGCUACAGGAUUGGGAGGAGUGGCUAGGCCGCAUGUUCGGGAUUUUGGAGCGUUUGGUCGUGCUGCAGACUUUGUGGAAACACUUGGAGCCGUUCUUUACCGGCAGAGACAUCUACCGGCAGAUGCCGGCCGAGAUCCAAACAUUCCGCAGAGUGGACAAAUUCUGGCGGCAGUUGCUACAGGUCGUCUCACAGCAGUCACUGGCAGGAGAUAUCUCCCGGAUACCGACCUUGACAGAGCAGCUACAAGAUGCAUGUACCAAGCUUGAAAACAUCAAGCAAGGUUUGCAGGAAGAUGCCCCGUGGGCAUGCGCCCCCUCAGAAUCAUAG